GGUGAUCCAAUAGACAACCCUAACAAAAUGUACAUGUUCUGAAGUAGUAUGAUCAAUAUCAAGCAAUCCAGAACCGAAAAUCAACAACUAAAAAUUGCUUUGAUCAAAGAUAGCUUCCGCUAUUUUUAGAAGAAUUGAGGAUUUGGAGCAAAGCACGGUUUUCCUCAAGCCCAUUUCGCUCAUUCACUUUACGAAUUGAGCAGAUCUAUAUCAUUCCAGCUACGCCUUGCCUCACAAACUUUUUUUUUCAUUUUUAAUCUCGCGUAAGAUUUAAUUAUCCAUGGUCGCUGAAAGAGAUGAUUCUGAUGAAGGAAUCCUCCCUGCCGGCACCACCCCCGCUGCCGCCGACGCUCGCCGUGGACGUGUCCGUCGUAGUGGGCCUGCUCACGGCCGUCCUCCUCGCGUAGCUCUUCUUCUUCCUCAUCUACGCCAAGCACUGCAAGCACCGUGGCCUGGGCGUGGCGCGCGGUGUCGCUGUGCUGGGCCUCGGGUUCCAGCCGUCGUCGUCUUUGUGCAAGCGGUGCCGCUCCGGCCUGAGCAGCUGUGCCGUGGGAGCACUCCGGUGUCCCGGUUCGGCGACAUGGGCGACGCUGCGCGGCACGGCGAGGGACCAGGUGACCGAAUGCGCCGUGUGCCACGGCGCGUUCGACACCGCCGAGCUGCUCCGCGUCCUGUCCCGGUGCCAGCAUGCGUUCCACCCAGGCUGCAUCGACGUGUGGCUGAUGACGCACUCCGCGUGCCCGGUGUGCCGCCGCAGUGCCGCUGAUGGUGCACUCCGUGUGCCCGGUGAUAGGGAAUCAACGUUUCCUAGCUAUGUAUCGGCGUCAAAGGGGGAGGAGCGCUGCGACAUGCGCAGAUGGAAGCGUGCAUCGCGGACACGAGCGGUUGCGUGA